AUGGCGACAACCCUCCACCUGUGCUCUGAGUCUAAGCCGCUGGAGCACCGAUCUGCUCUAACCCCCAGCACUACCAAAGCUCUGCUGGACGCGGGCUACAAAGUCAACGUCGAGUGCAGUCCGGAACGGAUAUUCGACGACUCCGAGUUUGAAGCUGUCGGCGCAACCCUAGUUCCCGAAGGCUCAUGGAAAGAUGAAAAGAUGCCCCGACAGAUCAUAUAA